AUGGCUUCUCAAUCUGUUUUUAUUUUUGCUCUUAUAUUCCUCGCCGCUGUCGCCGCAGUUUGUGCCGAGGCACCGACCAAAUCUCCUUCCGCGUCUCCCUCGCCAAAAGCUUCCCCAUCAGACUCUAAAUCGCCUUCUCCAUCUUCUUCUUCUCCUGCGGCCACUCCAAAGGCCUCAUCUGAGUCGUCCCCGUCACCGGCAGCUUCUGCUCCAUCUUCGUCCUCCAAGGCUCCGACCAGCAAAUCGCCCACUGGCUCCCCGAAUUCCUCCCCUUCUGUUUCACCUUCUCCGGCUGCUGACUCCCCCGCUGACUCUUCCGCUGACGCUCCUGCUGACUCCGAUGCUGACACCCCGACUGCUGCCUCGCCAGAUUCCGCUUCUGACGACAGCAGCGCUUCAGGUCUGAAACUCACCUAUGCCGUCGCUGGUGGUGCCGUCGCCGUUGUCGGACUCUUAGCAUUCUGA